AUGUCAACAUUCCAUGAAUUAACACCAAAAGAUGCCAAAGGAGAACCAUAUCCAUUUAGUAAUCUUAAAGGUAAAGUAGUUGUAAUUGUUAAUGUGGCAUCUAAAUGUGGUUUUACUCCACAAUAUAAACAAUUAGAAGAAUUAAAUCAAAAAUAUAAAGAUUCAGAAAAUGUUCAAAUAUUAGGAUUUCCAUGUAAUCAAUUUGGACAUCAAGAACCAGGAACAAAUGAAGAAAUUGCUGAAUUUUGUAAAUUAAAUUAUGGAGUUACAUUUCCAGUUUUAAAUAAAAUUGAUGUUAAUGGUAAUGACGCUGAUCCUGUUUAUCAAUUUUUAAAGAGUAAAAAAAGUGGUGUAUUAGGAUUAAAUAGAAUUAAAUGGAAUUUUGAAAAGUUUUUAAUUGAUCAAGAUGGGAAUGUAAUUGAAAGAUAUAGUUCAUUAACUAAACCUUUGGAUCUUGCACCAAAGAUUGAUGAAUUAUUAGCAAAGAAGUAA